CUGCAGUUACAACUUCAAUCUCUGAUGGAGACCUUGAGUGCGACGGAACCUCACUACAUCAGAUGUGUAAAGCCAAAUAAUGUUCUAAAGCCUGCUAUUUUUGAGAAUUUCAAUGUCAUUCAACAAUUACGCUGUGGUGGUGUUCUUGAGGCAAUUAGGAUCAGUUGUGCAGGAUAUCCUACCAGGCGUACCUUUUAUGAGUUCCUGAAUCGUUUUGGUUUACUUGCUCCUGAAGUUUUGGAGGGAAACUAUGAUGAUAAGGUUGCAUGCCAGAUGAUUCUUGAUAAAAAAGGACUCAAAGGAUACCAGAUAGGUAAAGCAAAGGUUUUCCUGAGAGCUGGUCAGAUGGCUGAGUUGGAUGCUAGGAGGGCAGAGGUGCUGGGUAAUGCAGCCAGAACCAUUCAACGGCAAUCCCGUACCUAUAUUGCUCGCCGAGAGUUCAUCUCAUUGCGUAAUGCUGCUAUUAUGUUGCAAUCUUAUCUGCGAGGUGAAACGGCUCGUAAACUGUAUGAACAGUUGCGACGGGAAGCUGCCGCUCUGAAGAUCCAGAAGAAUUUCCGGCUAUAUGUUGCCAGGACGUCAUAUUUAACAGUUAGGUCAGCUGCAAUAACAUUGCAGACAGGCUUAAGAGCAAUGGUUGCACGCAAUGAGUUUAGGUUUAGGAGGCAAACUAAAGCUGCUAUCAUUAUCCAGGCUCACUGGCGUUGUCACCAAACUUAUUCUUAUUAUAAGAGACUUCAGAGAGCAAUUAUUGUUUCUCAGUGUGGCUGGAGGUGUAGGGUUGCCAGAAGAGAGCUCAGAAUGCUUAAAAUGGCUGCUAGAGAGACAGGAGCUCUUAAGGAAGCAAAGGAUAAGCUCGAAAAGCGUGUGGAGGAACUUACCUGGCGUUUGCAAAUUGAAAAGCGAUUAAGGACUGAUCUUGAGGAAGCAAAAGCCCAAGAAAUGGCUAAGUUGCAGGAUGCAUUGCAUGCUAUGCAAUCUAAAGUUGAAGAGGCUAAUGCUAUGGUUAUCAAAGAACGAGAGGCGGCUCGAAAAGCCAUUAAGGAAGCUCCUCCUGUCAUUAAAGAAACCCCUGUUAUAGUUCAAGAUACUGAAAAGAUUAAUUCAUUAACAGCUGAAGUUGAAAACCUGAAGGCUUUGCUGCGAUCGAAAACACAAGCAGCAGAAGAGGCAAAACAAGCUCAUGCAGCUGCUGAGGUGAAAAAUAAGGAACUAAUCAAGAAGCUUGAAGAUUCAGAGAAGAAAGUUGACCAUCUUCAGGAUUCAACACAGAGACUAGCAGAGAAGGUUUCUAAUUUGGAAUCAGAGAAUCAAGUACUCCGCCAACAAGCACUUGCGAUAUCACCAACUGGUAGAGCAUUAAGUGCAAGGCCAAAAACAACAAUCAUUCAGAGAACUGAGAAUGGAAAUGUGCUAAAUGGAGAAAUGAGGAAAUUGCCGCAGGAUUCAGUACUUGCUGUAUCUAGUCUACGGGAAGUGGAAACUGAAGAAAAGCCCCAAAAAUCUCUUAAUGAGAAGCAACAGGAGAAUCAGGACCUUCUUAUUAAAUGUGUUUCACAAGAUCUUGGGUUCUCUGGGGGAAAGCCUGUUGCUGCUUGUCUGAUAUAUAAGUGCCUUCUUCAUUGGAGGUCAUUUGAGGUUGAUAGAACCAGUGUCUUUGACCGUAUUAUUCAAACAAUAAGUGCUGCAAUAGAUGUCCAAGAUAACAAUGACAAAUUGUCCUAUUGGUUAUCAAACUCAUCCACACUGCUGUUGCUACUUCAACGCACGUUGAAAGCAAGUGGAGCAGCAAGCUUAACUCCACAGCGACGGCGAUCAACAACAACUUCUCUACUUGGAAGAAUGUCUCAAGGAUUUCGAGCUUCUCCACAAAGUGCUGGUUUCUCAUUCCUUCAAAGUCGUAUGCUUGGUGGAAUAGAUGACUUGCGACAAGUUGAAGCGAAGUAUCCAGCUUUGCUUUUUAAACAACAACUCACAGCCUUCCUUGAGAAGAUAUAUGGAAUGAUAAGAGACAAUUUGAAAAAAGAAAUAUCCCCAUUGCUUGGAUUGUGUAUCCAGGCACCUAGGACAUCACGGGCUAGUUUAGUGAAUAGACGUGCCCAAGCUAAUGCUGUAGCUCAACAGGCUCUGAUUGCACACUGGCAAAGCAUUGUGAAAAGCCUAAAUAAUUACUUGAAGAUAAUGAGAGCAAACUAUGUUCCUUCAUUCCUAGUUCGCAAGGUUUUUACACAAAUAUUCUCAUUUAUCAAUGUCCAAUUGUUUAACAGUCUUCUUCUACGUCGUGAAUGUUGCUCAUUUAGCAAUGGGGAGUAUGUUAAAGCUGGGCUGGCUGAGCUGGAACAGUGGUACCAUGAAGCAACGGAGGAGUUUGCAGGGUCAGCAUGGGAUGAGCUAAGGCAUAUUAGACAAGCAGUCGGCUUUCUGGUCAUUCAUCAGAAGCCCAAGAAGACAUUGAAAGAAAUAACAAAUGAUCUUUGCCCGGUUCUUAGCAUACAGCAACUUUACAGGAUCAGUACAAUGUACUGGGAUGACAAAUAUGGUACACACAGCGUAUCUUCGGAUGUUAUCUCAACUAUGAGAGUGAUGAUGACUGAGGACUCAAACAAUGCUGUCAGCAGUUCCUUUUUACUGGACGACGACUCAAGCAUCCCAUUCACGGUGGACGAUAUUUCCAAGUCGAUAGAACAAAUAGAGAUAGCCGACAUUGACCCUCCACCUCUAAUACGUGAAAAUUCAAGCUUCACAUUCUUAUUACAACGAUCAGAAUGAAAACGAACGAACGAGCCACUAUAGUCCUCAUUGACACCUCCAAGGAUGAUGAAGUCCUGCAAAACUUGUGCAUAUACAUGGCUUUCUCUAGUCCAAUUUGUAAUUAUAAUAGAAUAUCCCAUGAAGCAAAUAUCAAUUUGGCCAAUUCUUUUUAUUGUUCAUUGUAAUUCUUUUCUGGGUUCUUGCCUUUUCACAAAUUUUUUGCUGGUUUUAGUGUGUUUAUUUUCUAGAAUCCAGCUGCUAGUUAUAGACUUAUAGGGAUUGUUCUUGUUCAAUUUGGUUACUUCAAACUCCUGUAAUUUGUAACACUAGCCGCGUUUUAUAGGCGAAUUCAAUAUCAAAGUUUAUGUAAUAUGAUUUAUACAA